AGACCAUGAGCAGACACGAGAAACUCAGAUCAGUGCAGAGCUUGAAGAGAAAGGGUUUACCAAAUGAAAAUAAACAUGCCUUAGUAUCAAGCCUGAGAAGGAGAUUUAAACAUGCAAACAAGAGUUUGAAAGUGAGCAUAGUUGAGGUCCCAGUGAAUAAAUAAGCAAUCUGACAAAGCUAUCGCUUCUGCAGCAACAAUAAGAAACAAUAGAAGAAGUGGAAAACGAAACUUUGAAAGUUUCCUUGGGGCCUUUUCAAAGUUUAUUGAUAGAACCCAAGGAAAUAUGACACCAAGAAAUCAGAAACCACAGAAAGCUCAGCUUGAAUUAGUUGAGAAGAAAAAGAAAAAUAGGGAGAAAAAUGAUUUCUUUUUUAAAACUAAAUAAAACUGAUCCAGAAUUAUUGAGAAAGAUGGAGUAUUUCUAUGCUCCUUAUGAGCCUAAAAGACACAGAAAAUUUGCCCAACAAAAGUCAAUGAGAAAUAGAGAAGAAUUUUUGGGUAAUAAGCACAAUAGAUCACUUAAAAGAAGGAAAAAGUGUGCAAAGGAUAAGUUUUCAGCUACCACAAAUACUCCCAAAUCAACCUUGCACAAUCAGAGCCGUAGAUCUCCUCACAACUCCGAUAUUGAUACCCCACACCAUCUCACUCAACCUCUCCCUAACCCUUCCCUCAAAACCUACAAAUUCAAAAAGCAGUCCUUGCUCAUAAUCUUUAGAAAAAUUCAUAUCAAGUUCUUUCUCAAAUCUCUUCAAAGGAAUUAAGAAAAGAUUCAAAGUAUCCAGACUAACUCAAAAAGACCAAACAUUAGGAAGAACCCACAUAAAAUUACAGAAGAGAUUGACAGGCCAGAGCACAGAAUUUAUAUGGGUAAAACGAGGGAUUAGAAACAGAAGCAGGAAGAGAAGUAGAGGAGACAGGGAGAGGAAGUUAUUGGGUAAUGGGAAGAGAGUAGGGGAAGAGAGGAGUAUGGAAGAGGUUGACGAAGGGAGUAAAGAAGAAAAUUUGGGGGAGAGAGAAGGAGGGGUGAAGGAGAGGAUGCUGAUAGGGAAGUUUAGUAGGAGGAGGACUGUUAAUACAGCUGGGUAUAAGAGGAGGUCAAUUUGUGAUGAAGUUUUAGCUGAUAAGAGCAAGUUUUCUUAUAAAAGAGCUAAUAAUUUUGGUUCAAACCGGAGUACAUGAAGUAGAAGUUUGAGGAUGAAUUCUACUCAUAAAUCCUCUUUAAAGAGUUUAAAUAAAACUGCUAAAAUUGAGCAGAAGAGAAAUGGCUCUAAGAAUAAAUCUCAGAAAGCCAAGAAAUCUAAGAAUAACGAAUGUCACUAUAUUUCUUUAUCAAAGAGGAUGGCUAGAAGAAGAAAGACCAUUUUUAACCAAGUACAGGAAAGAAGCUUGCUAAAGAAUUCAAUGUAA